CUGAACUUCUUCCGCAUUAAGUCGGUGCAGAGAGCCAGCGCUCACUGGGAAGACAUCCCGACAGUGAACUUUUAGGAAACCCAACGAAAUGCCAAAAGACUAUAUGACCGAGUAUGCGCCUCUGCUCACGAAGGGAAGCAAAAAACCAAAAAGGUUACAGCUGUUUUGUUUCCAGUUCCCGAACAAGUUUCUCCUGCUGGCUAUGUUUUCGACAUGCAUAGGUGGCACGUUUCAGUGCGGAUACAACAUAUCGAUCAUCAAUUCGCCCACCAAGUAUGUGCAAGACUUCAUAAACCAGACCUGGAGUCAGCGUUACCAAACAGAAAUAUCUAAAGAUGGGCUUACACUCCUCUGGUCCACCAUUGUGUCUAUGUUUACCAUAGGAGGAUUUAUAGGAGUGUCCAUUGGUGGCACUUUGUCAGUGAAGUUAGGAAGGAGAGGGACGCUUCUGGCCAAUAAUGUUUUUUCAUUAGUUGCUUCUCUGUUGAUGGGCCUGAGCUCCUUUGCAGGCUCAUUUGAGAUGCUCAUUAUUGGACGUCUUCUCAUUGGAAUAAAUGCAGGCAUUGCACUAUGUGUUGAGCCGAUGUUCUUGGGCGAAAUAGCUCCAACAUCGUUACGUGGUGCCAUGGGAACAGGCUCCUCCAUUUUUCUCACUGGUGGCAUCUUGUCGGGACAAGUGAUGGGCCUCAAGGAAUUGCUCGGUAAAGAACAGUACUGGCCCCUCUUGCUCGCCACCACGUGUAUUCCAACAUUACUGCAGUUGCAGUUGCUGCCCUGGUUCCCUGAAAGUCCGCGCUACCUCCUUAUUGAUAGAGGAGACAAGGAGAAAUGUAAAAAAGCCCUGAAUCAGUUGCAUGGCGCUGCAGGCUCUGAUGUUGUGCUGGAGGAUAUUCAGAAAGAGAAGGACAAUUUGGUUGGCUUCAAAGCCAAGAAACCCUGGGAGCUCUUUGCAGAUCGCAGCAUACGCUGGCAAGUCAUCACCAUCAUUGUACUCAACAUAGCACAGCAGCUGAAUGGUGUCAACGCUAUGUACUUCUAUGCUGAUUACUUGUUCCGACAAGCUGGAAUCUCAGAAGAUAAUAUACCUUACGCCACCGUCGGUACAGGUGCUUGUGAAUGCCUCACUGCAUUAACAUGUGGUAUGCUGGUUGAAUCUCUUGGAAGGAAAGUGCUCAUCUCAGGAGGAUACCUACUGAUGAGCGUCUGCUGCAUUUUAUUCACAGUGACUCUUGCUCUGCAGAAUGUCAGUCCAGUCUUUCCAUAUUUAAGCGUGGCUUGUGUUUUUGCUUUUGUCUUAAGUUUUGGCUUGGGACCAGGUGGCGUAACAAACAUUUUAACCACAGAGAUGUUCAAACAAACUACUCGGCCUGCAGCUUUCAUGAUCGCGGGAUCAGUGAACUGGCUCAGCUUCUUCCUCAUUGGCUUGCUCUUUCCCUUUAUUGUGAUCGGGCUGCAGCACUAUUGCUUCCUAGUGUUCUUUGUCGUCUGUCUCUCGGUGGGGAUCUACAUCAUCGUCGUUCUCCCUGAAACCAAAAACAAAAGCUUUGUGGAAAUCCAGAAAGAAUUCCAGUCCAGAUGGAGUAAAGAGACAAACUCUGAUGAAGCAGAUGCUUUGCUUAUAUCUACUUCUUUAUGAUGGGUCUCUGAUUCAGCAUUAGAGCUAGCAAAGCUAGCUUGUCUUCUAAACAAACCAUGAUUUAUUAUUCAGUUCAGUUUUAUUUACUGGCACUUUACAAAAACAUUAUUUCAAUUCAAUCAUACAUAUAUUCCAAAUGAUCCCAGUUUUCAAACAGUACAGUAUGCUCAAUUAAUUAUCAUUUGUAAAAAAAAAAAUUAAAAAAAAAGCUAGUGAUAAAUAAUGCAAUAUAUCUGUGGUACUUUUGAAGAUAUUCUUGUUAGGGGUUUUUUUUCUCUUGAAAACUUAAGCUGUGUUGAAUGGUGUGGAUUUUAUUGUUCCAAAUGGUAGUUUGGAUAACUUUUUCAAAAAGCGCUGUCCUGCAGUUUUACAAUAAAGAUAAGCCAAUUAAAUACGA